AGAUAUGUCGGAAAAUUUGAACAUAAUAUAGCACACACAAAUACUGUCACGCAGCAAGAUAUUGAAGAAGAUACAUUGUCUAAGAAGGAUGUAAAGAGUAUCGAGUCUCUUCGUGAACAAUUGGAACAAAAUAAAGAAAAAUUAAGAACUAUAAAAUCAACGCAACAAGAAAUGACAACGAACGUAAAAGUGACUGACAUCAAGAAGAUCAAUUCGUUAAGUAUGAAUGAUUUGAUUGCAAAGAACGAUCUGAUGAAACAAAACGCAUAUCUUCAGUUUAUAGCAGUGAACGAGCAAAAUGAGCUUAAGAAACUUCGUGCUCAACUUCAAAUGCAGUACAACAGAUCCAAUAUGCCAGAUGAAAAAUUGGAAAUCACUACGUGCACAGAUUUUUUACAGAAAACUAAUAUGAUGAAUAAGAUUGUGGAGUUGAAAAACGAAAUACUAAAACUUAAACUCAAGAAUCAGCAGUACGUGAAGAAGAUAGAAAAAUUUUGCAACGAGGAGAAUACAGACGUUAGACAUCUAGAAUAUGAUCCUGAAAAUAGCAAGAAUCAAAAAGCUAAAUAUGAGAAAUAUGAGUCUAACGUACAAAUAAAGCUGAUGAAUAGAAUAUCAACGUUGUGUAAGGAAAUUGAAUGGUGGAAGCAACGAUUUGAAAGAAAUCAAGCUGCACUGAUAACAAUGACGAGCGAGAAACAGAAAGCAGAGACGGAGUUAAUGGAAUUUGUCAAAAAAGUGACCGAGCUUCAAAAUAUGUGCGACAUAUUCGAAAGAGAGAAGUUAAAUUUGCUACUACAGAUAAAGAAUGAGAUUAAAAAAGCGUCUGAGACGGAAUCAUUUAAUGCUUUGUCACCGCAGAAGAGCAUUCUUUAUAAAGAGAAUCAAAUAUCAUCUGAAACAAAUAGUGUAGCGUCGAACAUACAAAACACCUUAAAAAAUCAAGUUCCUGAAAUUAUUGCUAAAGGUUCUGACAAAUACUAUAUUACAUUACCAUCAGUAAUAUGGCGACAAAUAAUAAUGGAAGAUGGAGAUUAUAAUUACAUUACACUGCCUACAAUAAAGAUCGCUAAUACAGACAAAACAGUGAAAUCACGAAAACAAGUAGAUACAGAUUCUAAUAAAGAUUCUCUAGAAGAAUUGCUGACCGAGCUUGAAAACAAAUUGAAAGAAAAACUAAAUCAAGAUUCUGUUAAAAUAGCAGAAUUGUCAAAUGAUCUGAAAACAAAUGAUAAAUCAACCUUUGUGGAAGAGCCAGUGUCAGCUUCGAUUAAAAACUUUAAUAAAGAUUGCAUUACGUCACCAUCAAUUAUGCGACAAAUAGAAGAAGAAAAUUGUGAUUACAUUAUGCCGUUAAUAUCAUCACCGAAUAUUGUCGAUAAAGAAUUGAACAAAGCAGUGGAAUCACCGAAACAAGUAGAUAAAGACUCCCACGAAGACUCUGUAACAGAAUUAUUAAUGAAUCUUGAAGACUACAUAAAUAAAAUACAAGAUAAAAAUUUUGUUAAAAUAAUGAAGUUAUUAGAAGAAAAAGAAGCUUCAAUUUUAACUAAAGACUUUAAUCAAGAUUGCAUUACAUCAAUAAUGCGACAAACAGAAAAAGAAAAUGAUUAUGACAUUUCGUUAUCAUCCAAUAAAGACGUACUGAUGGAACCGUUGUCAGAUUUUCAAAAUAAGUUAAAUAAGAAAAUAAAUAAAAAUUUUGUUAAAUUGAUGGAGUUAUUAGAAGAUCUGAAAACAAAUGUUAAAUCGACCGUUGUAAAAAAGCAAGUUCCAGCCUUGAAUGAAGAUUUCGAUAAAGACAGCAUUACAUCAAUAGGACAAAUGGAAGAAGAAAAUUAUGAUUAUAAUUACAUUACGCCACCAUCAAUAUCGUCAUCGAAUACUGUUGACGAAGAAUUAGAGAAAAUAGAUAAAUUACCGAUGAUUAGAUCGCUAUCAGUAAUGCGACAAAUGGAAGAAAAAAAUUAUGAUUAUGAUUACGCUUUGUUACCAUCAAUAUCGCCAUCGAAUAUCAUCGAUCAAAAAUUGGACAAACCAGAUAAAUUAUCGAGUACUACAUCGUCAUCAAUAACGCGACAAAUGGAAGAAGAAAAUUAUGAUUAUGAUCACACUUCUAUACCAUCAAUAUCGCCUCCAAACGUCAUCGAUCAAGAAUUGGACGCAGCAGAUGAAUUACCGAGUAUUACAUCGAUAUCAAUAAUGCGACAAAUGCAAGAAGAAAAUAAUAAUUGUUUUUACAUUACGCCACCAAUAUCGCCAAGAAUUAUCGACAAUAACGAAUUGGACAAAGUUGAAUCACCCAAACAAAUAGAUAAAGACUCCAAUAAAGACGCUGUGACAGAACCGAUAGAAGACGAUACGGAGAAACUAAAUAAAAGUGCUGUUAAAAUAAUAGAGUUAUUAGAAAAUUUAAAAGUAAAUUAUAAAUCAACAUCCUUAGAAGAGCAAGUUCCACCAACGUUGACUAAAGACUUCAAUAAAGAUUCCAUUACAUUGCCAUCAAUAGGACAAACAGAAGAAGAAAAUUAUAAUUAUGAUUACAUUAAGCCAUUAUCAAUAUCAUCACCGAAUAUCGCCGAUAAAGAAUUGGACAAAGCAGUUGAAUUAUCGAAACAAGUAGAUAGAAACUCAAGUAAAGACAUUUCAACGAAAUCGCUGACGGAGCUUGAAGACACAACGAAUAAAAUAAUAAAUAAAGAAAUUACUGAAGUAACGGAUUUAUUAGAAGAUUUAAAAACAAAUGAUAAGUCAAUUAUUGUCGAACAAAAAGAACAAGUUCAACAGAAAGAUAAAGUAACGGAUGGUGAGAAAAAAAAUAAGAGAGAUGAUAUGAUUUUUAUGAAAAAUUUAAUAUUGUCACUUCCAUUUUACGAGUUACCACUUUCUAAUAUUACCAAAGAUCAGAGCAUUGUAAAAACUGUGGACAGAGUAAGUCAAAGUCAAUCGACUGCUGAUUAUCAAUCAUUCGACAAUUGCAGUUUGUGUCAAAAAUCAUUUAAUUAUCAUACAUUUGAACAACGUGAGAAAAAUCAGCUUGGCUCUAAUGAGAUAAAUGCAAAUAUAAAUGAUAAUCAUACAAAAUGUCAAUAUUGUAAUUUAGCUGCAGAUAUUCUAAUGAUAAAAUAUAAUGAUACGAUUGAUCAUGUAAACAACAAAUUUCAAACUACUGAGAAUAAUAAAAAUGAAGAGCACGGACAUGUAUCAAGCGAAGCUGUUGAAAAAGAUCAAAUCAUAAAUGUUAUAGAAGAAAAUGAAAUCGAAGAAAAAAAUACAGAUUCAAACGCAGUCAGUAAUAAAAAAUUACCUUACGCAAAAGAUGUAAUAUUUGAAAACAAUAUCGAAGCCUUGGCUCAAAAAGAAAUCUUGAACAUAGAAAAUACAUCUAACGUUGCACCUAAAAUUGAUUAUAAAUUAAAUAAAAGAAUUGCUCAAAAUAAUAAUUGGACUUUAUAUAUGGAAACUGUAUUUUGACUAUUAUUAUUAUUAUAUUAUUCUGCGAUAUUAUCAAUAUUUAUCAGUGAAGAUUAUUUAGAUAGCAUAGAUGAUAUUUCGUUGAAGAUCUCAUCAAAACUAUAUAUGGACAUCGGAGGAUAAUUACAUCGAAGAAAAUUUCAUACAUUAACAUAAAGAAAUGGACAAAAGGAAAAUGAAAUAAAUAUAUCGAUAAAGACACGAUUCCAACAACAAAAAUGUAAUAUAUGUAUACGACAUUUCAAUCUGAUCGUCUGAAAUAUCUUCGUUACUUCAAUAGUGUAAAGGAAUUAUUGUGAAGAAACAAAAACUAUGUUUGAUACGAAAGAACGCAUAUUGACGUAACGGACUUUUAACUAAUAACUCUUACUUUUACAAUUACUUUUUUUAAGCAAUUUGAUUUUCGAAAUUUAAAAAUUAUUGAU